UGUACGAACUACGAUACCAUAACAGAGGAACACAGAAGUACAUUAUUUGAGCCAGAGGCAGCCGACAGACUUCUGUGUGACCGAGCUCUACCACAGAGAUGGUACCGAUUCACAAAUGGUGACAUGCCAACGUCUUGUGUGCCGACCUACCAUUGCGGUACACAGAUUCCUAUAUGGCUAAACGGCCAGCUUCCUACCGCCCAGGGAACCACCGUCACCUUACAGGCGUGCUACAACUACGGCCAAGGUGUUGAUCCGGCUGUGUACGGAGGAACGACAUGUUGUCAUAAAUCACAACAGGUUCAGGUCAAAAACUGCGGCAGUUUUAAUGUUUACCACUUGAUUAGAACACCAGGAUGCCAUAUGGCCUACUGUGCCGGUAACAAACCCGUGUGCAAAAUCGGACAAUCCAACGUGGGAUCAAGCAAUUGUACCGAUUUGUAUCCAAAAAUGACACACGCCCCCAUUCUCGGAAAACCUGUAAUAGUGGAUUCCCGUGGCCAUAUUGGAUAUACCUGUGGUGCCACAGGUACCGUCAAGUUCCCGUGUCACAUCCCUUACCCAAAGGGGCAAACCGGUGUAGCUUUUGAGGUCACAUGGACAGCCAAUGGAUCCGAUCCUAUCACGAUUCCAGGAACAAACACACCAGUCGUGACCGUCCUGACAGGAGACGAUCGGGACGCGCUGCUUGAUGGCAGAUAUAUGCAUGGACACAUGGGAACUACGUUACAGUGUACAGUCAGGUCGUAUCAUACAAACACGCCGGGAGUUAAAAGCCCCUCUCUUCAAAGCAACGAAUUCUGGGCAGGAAUACGGGUGCACAACAAUUCCAUCACGGUUGACGAGAAAGGACCCGAACAGGAGGUUACUUUGGAGUCCACUGUUCCCAUCAUAUGUAACGAUCAUCACCAGCAGGCUUGUGGUGUAAAUGUGGAAAUGAUGGCCAGCACUGAUCCGUCCGUAUCAGAUGUAUCUACUACCUCCUGUACAUACAAUCUGGCGUGUGAUCCCUCUACUAACACUUACAAGGCCACAAUCAAGGUCACGGCCACACGUGACUUCGUUAAGGAUGGUAAUAAAUUGCACGAACUCGCCUUCAUUCCUAUAUUCAACCCAAUAUCCAAUCCGAUGUGGGACGGCUACAAGAUCAAACCAGUAGAGAUAACAUCAAUAGACAGACCGCAUGGCAAAUGUACAACAUCAGGAGAUCCUCACGUCUAUCAGAUUGACAGCUCGAGAAACAUUGCCGUGCAUGAAGUUGGCGACGCGAUAUUGUUUCAAAGCCUGAUAAGACCUUUUGAGGUCCAGAUCCGGACAUGGGGAUGUGGUAAAUAUGAUCCAUGCAUUUGCUCCGUGAUAGCACGUGAGGGGAAUGACGUUGUAGAAGUGGACAUGUGUGCUCGCCGUUUAAAUCAAAUGGCUGCUCCACAUCUUUCUCAUUGGCCGCUAAAGGGUACAACGGUUGACAAGGAUUCUACUGGAAAACAGUUUAAUAUCAACUUUCCUUCUGGUGCUCAUCUUGUGGUGGAAGCACACUCCUACCGGCCGAGAAAUGAGACUGACGGGUUUCUGACGGUGAAGCUCCAGGUCCCUAGUGAUGACCUUGGUCACGGUGUUGGACUGUGUGGUACAUACGACAACAAUCCAGCUAACGACCUAGUAGGAAAAAAUGGAUAUCAGUAUUCACAUGGAAAUAAACCUAAGUUUGUUCACACAUGGUUUUUAAAUCCCGGCGCAAGUAUGUUUGACCAGAAGCCGGCAUACUUGCCAUCAGCCGCCUUCAACAGUACAAAUUAUUGUCAGUGUGACCACCACAGGGCCGACUGCACGAAGGCCAAAGCCAACAACCCUCUAGCACAUCAAUGCGGAAACACGCCAUGCACUUCUAUAUCAACACAUGGUGCACACCCACGUGACCUGGAUUAUCCAGUCGAAUCUAAGAUCCGGCGUGACGUAACAUCAGUAAAAACACUAAGGUCGUUCCCGACCCCUAGCGGGAUAACGGAGAGUAUGGCCAUCUCGUCCUGCACGGACUCCAUCCGGGCAUCCACGCUUUAUUCUCGCUGUCAGUCCGUUCUGUUGACCGAAACUAUUGGCUAUUACAUCGAUGCGUGUGUGAAUGAUAUGAUGUAUGCGGACAGUGACGUUUUCAACUUAGUUCACAUGAAUUCUUUCGAUUUUGAGUGUCAAGACACUGUUCUCCGCGAUGUAAAUAAUUACGUCAUUGGUUCCCGAGGAGAAAGAAUCCCACCCGCUGACGUCACUAGUCACGUGUGUCCAAAUCAAUGCAGUAGACGUGGAACAUGUCAUGAGGGAACAUGUGCGUGUAAAACCGGAUAUACAGGCAAUGAUUGUUCAGUUCCAAUAGGUGUCGCUCCAGUCGUCAGCCAUAUUCGCGGCGAUGGCCUGUGUGACAUCAGAGACCGGAAAUGCGUGAAAGUGCAGGUGAUUGCUCAGCAUCUCAAGGCCGGUCCGGGACUAAAAUGUCGUUACAGAAAGACAGAGGUUGGUGAUGGCAAUGUCAUACCGUAUGGACCAUACAUUGAGGCUCCAGCCUCUUUUACAAGCUUCCUAGAGAUCGAGUGUAGCCUGCCUGAAAGCGUGGUGCUUAAAAAAGAAAGUCCAACUGAGGCUUUUGUGGUGUCGGUAUCGACAGAUGGCAAUUUGUAUAGCUCAGACCUGACCUUUUUCGUCUACGACGGUAAAUGUCAGACUUGCACUGUUUCUGGAAGCUGCACACUAAAGCACAACACAUGUCUGAUUGACAAUGUCUGUCACUUCCCCGGACAACAGAGCUCUGGUGGCUACUGUGACCCUACAGCUGACCCCUACACUUGGACCACGAGUCCAGCGGCCUCAGAGAUUAACCACUACACAGCGGCAGGGUCCGGGUGUCAGUGUGGCUAUGACAAGAUGAGCUUUGACUGUGCCUGCUGUACCAAUAACGGCUGUCAGUGUGGACAUGUCAAUCCUCACAUAUGUACUAACUGCACGCACUUGAGCUCGUGUGCGAUCUACCCUACUAUCAUUGUCGAGAGAUGAAAACGUAUACUCUGAUAAUAGAUAGUAUUGGAUGUAUUGUAUUGCUAUUUAAAAGAAAUUAAAACGAACGCAAAAAU